AAAUCCAGACCUAGUCGCCAAUGGCUGAAAAUCGCUCAACCCAGUGCUACUGGAAGGUCCGUGACCAGGUGUUGGGGUUGGCAGUGGGCACUAGGCAGACCACUUUUCGAAGUUGAUAAUGCCGGGUGGCUUUUUUUUGAUUGAGGGCAUUGCAAGCCUUCUGCCAAUGCUACCUUGGUGUGCUUUAUCUACUACAGCAUACCAGGCUGCAUGCUCCGUCUGCAAUGACUCCCUGUCUCAAUGCAAUCCCACCACCUUCAGAAUUUCAGUGAAGCAAAAUUGCUGCUCAACGGCCAUUGUCCUCCGAGGUGUGGACGAAGGUAUGGCGAAGAUUCGUGUACUGCUUGUCUCAUCGGUUGUGGUGUGUUGUGAUCCCGCACCCUCAUGGCGAGAGAUAAGCCGUCCCUAGAAAUCCGAGGGAUGAGACUAGCUCGGCCACCGCGCCCAAG